GACUGGCAGGGGUGACCAUACCCUGUUCCUUCUCAGCCGCCGUUCACUUGGCGGUCGCGCCACCCCCGCCCGCGAACCGACGCUUCGGACUCGCAAGGAGCCCGAGGGCAGGAGGACUCCUUACCUUUUGGGUCCGCCUCAGCGCCAUCCUGCCCCCGCUGCUGGGGACAGGGGCUACCGGCCCGGGGCUGCCAGAGGCGACCACUGGCCGGCUCAGCCGCCGCGCUGGGCUGCAAGCUGGGAACGGCCGCCUGCGCGUGCGCGCCGCGGGGCACUAUGGGGCGGUGUUCUGCCUGUGGCGCGUCUCGGCGCGUGUCGGCGCGUACUGGCGCCGGCGAGCGAAGCAGGCUCUGGCGACCCGGAGCGGCCGCGCCGCCGGUUGCCUCUCCCCUGGUCUCUGCCGCCCCGCGACCCUACCUCCCGGGUCAGUGAGGAUCUAGGGAGGCUGGCGGAGAGAGGGGCGGUCGUUGCUUUAACAGGGACCCGCCGAGCACCCAGGAGGUACCGCAGCCAUGCCCUCUGACCCACCCCCCCCGCCGUGUUCCAUCCCAGGCUGUCACAUACUCCUGAAAGUAGUGGUUCUGCUUUGAACUUAAUUCUGAGGCUUCUGGGAAGAUGGUGGAGCCAGAAACACCAGGAAUCUGUCUACCCAACUAGGCAAAAAUUGCACCAGCAGAAUCAUCUGAUGUAACUGUUUUGGACCUCUGGAGUCUGUUGAACACAGUUUAUACAGAAUGGUCGUCCUGCCAGCAGCAUCCAAUCCAACCAUCAAAAUACACAUCUGCUUCCUGCCGAAGAGAUGCAAGAAGAGGGAGAAGAAGGCUCCGGACGUGCAGGCUCAGCGGCCAUGGCUCACGGGCCCAGCCCCUCCGCGGCAUGUGGGAUCUUCCCGGACCAGGGCAUGAACCCGUGUCCCCUGCAUCGGCAGACAGACUCUCAACCACUGCGCCACCAGGGAAGCCCUACUCCAGACACUCAGAUUUGGGAGAAGUGGCCCCAGAAAUAAAAGCAUCUGAGAGACGAACAGCUGUGGCCAUUGCAGAUUUGGAAUGGAGAGAAAUGGAAGGAGAUGAUGAUGGUCCCAAUGAGGCUCAGGACAGUGACUUUCCAACAGUGGAGAGGAGCAGACUACAAGAAAUGCUGUCCCUCCUGGGACUAGAGACGUACCAGGCACAGAAACUCAGCCUCCAGGACUCCCUGCAGAUCAGUAGUGAUAGCAUGAAGAACUGGGCUCCACAGGCUCCGAAAGACUUGCCCUGGAAUUUCCUCAGGAAGCUGCAGGCCCUCAACGCCGAAGCCAGGAACACCACCAUGGUGCUGGACGUACCCCCGGACACCAGGCCUGCGGAGAAGGAGAGCCAGGUGGAAGAGGAGAUCAUCUACUGGGACACGGCCGACGACAUCUCUGCGGACAUCUAUUCCUUCUCCGAGCUGCCAACACCCGAUACGCCUGUGAACCCCUUGGACCUUCUCUGUGCCCUUCUGCUUUCCUCAGAUAGUUUCCUGCAACAAGAAAUCGUGCUAAAAAUGUCCCUCUGCCAGUUUGCACUCCCUCUCGUUUUGCCCGACCCAGAAAACCACUACCACACGUUUCUGCUGUGGGCCAUGAGGGGGACUGUGCGGACAUGGGGGUCACAGCCCCCAAGGGCGGUGGGCAGCUUCAGAGAAGACAGCGUGGUCCUGUCCCGAGCGCCCGCCUUCGCCUUUGUGCGCAUGGAGGUCAGCAGCAACUCCAAGUCCCAGCUUCUCAACGCCGUGCUCAGCCCUGGCCACAGGCAGCGGGACUGUUUCUGGCAUCGGGAUCUGAACUUGGGCACCAACCCUCGGGAGAUUGCAGACGGGCUGGUGGAAAUUUCCUGGUUUCUUCCCAGUGGCAGGGAGGACUUGGACAUUUUCCCGGAGCCCGUGGCCUUUCUGAACCUGAGAGGUGACAUCGGCUCUCACUGGCUGCAGUUUAAGCUCUUGACAGAAAUCUCCUCGGCCGUGUUCAUCUUGACUGACAACAUCAGUAAGAAGGAAUACAAACUGCUGUACUCCAUGAAGGGGUCGGCCACGAAAUACUACUUCAUCCUGAGCCCCUACCGCGGGAAACGGAACACAAACCUGCGGUUUCUGAACAGGUUAAUCCCUGUGCUGAAGAUGGACCCCUCGCACGUCCUGGUGAAGGUCAGCAGCACGGACAGUGCGGGCUUCGUGCGCCGGAUCCGCGCCAUCGUGGCGCACGUGACCCGGGCCCCCUGCAGGAGGGUAUCCGUGGAGGACAUGGCGCAUGCGGCCCGCAAGCUGGGGCUGAAGGUCGAUGAGGACUGCGACGAGUGCCAGCGGGCGAAGGACCGGAUGGAGCAGAUCACCAGGAAGAUCAAGGACUCGGACGCCUACCGCCGGGCCGAGCUGCGGCUGCAGGGGGACCCUUGGAGAAAGGCGGCCCAGGUGGAGAGGGAGCUCUGCCAGGCCCAGUGGGCUGGGGACCCUCCUGAGAGGUGCAGGGCUGAGCUGAGGCAUCGGCUGCUGGAACUUCGAACGCAGCAGAAUGGCCACGAUCCUGCCUGGGGGCUUCAGGAGUUCAUCUCGGGCAUCAGCAGCCCCUCUCUGGGCGAGAAGCAGUACUUCCUGAGGUGGAUGGAGUGGGGACUGGCCCGGGCGGCCCAGCCAAGGCCGAGAGCGUCUCCGGAGACGAUGCUUACCCUGAGAGCAAAGCACCGUGGGGCCGUGGACUUCAGCGAGCCCCUCUGGCCGGAGCCCCUGGGGGUGGAACACUUCCUGCGGGAGAUGGGGCAGUUCUACGAGGCCGAAAGCUGUCUCGUGGAGGCCGGGAAGCUGCCGGCGGGGCAGAGGCGGUUCGCGCACUUCCCAGGCUUGGCCUUGGAACUGCUGCUGAAGGGGCUCCCCCUGGAGCUGAUCGACGGGAACACCCUGAGCACCCCCCUGCGCUGGGUCACGGGGCUCCUGAAGGAGCUGCACGUCCGCCUGGAGAGGAGGUCGCGCCUGGUCGUCCUGUCGGUGCUCGGCGUGCCGGGCACAGGCAAGUCCACCCUCCUCAACACCAUGUUUGGGCUGCGGUUUGCCACGGGAAGGGGCCGUGGUCCUCGAGGGGCCUUCAUGCAGCUCCUGACGGUGGCCGAGAGCUUCAGCCAGGACCUGGGCUGUGACCACAUCCUGGUAAUCCACUCCGGGGGCUUGAUAGGCGGAGUCCUGACCGAGGCAGGGGAGAGGUUUGAGCAAGAGGCUUCCCUGGCCACGUUAAUUAUGGGGCUGAGCAAUGUCACUGUGGUCAGUUUAGCUGAAACGAGGGACAUUCCGCCGGCUAUUCUGCAUGCGUUUCUGAGGCUGGAGAAAACAGGGCACAUGCCCAACUAUCAGUUCGUGUACCAGAGCCUGCAGGAUGCGUCUGCCCCCGGCUCCAAGCCGAGAGAGAGGAAGCAGCUCCUGGACGAGCCCAGGGAUGCGAGCAGAGCCACGGUGCAAAUGGAGCAUCAGGGUGGCGGGAUCCGGACGCUGGCUGGCCUGGCCUUUUGUGACCCUGAGAAGCAGCACGUUUGGCACAUCCCCGGCCUGUGGCAUGGAGUGCCCCCCAUGGCCGCUGUGAGCUUGGGGUACAGUGAGGCCAUUUUUGAACUGAAGAGAUGCCUGCUGGAAAACAUCCGGAAUGGCCUGUCCAACCAAAACAAGAACAUCCAGCAGCUCAUCGAGCUGGUACGACGGCUGUGAAGCAUCGAAAGAAAAGGAGUCCAGCUGCCAGAGGCCCGCCGCGAGCAGCCUGUUCUGAUGGGGGUGUCCACGUGGGGCUGUGCCCAGCUCCUGAGAGGGGAGCCAAGUGACGGACGGGGCCCAGGUCUGGAGUGGCCUACGCGGUGUCAGGGAAGGAUGUGACCUCACAGAUCAGCUCAGAGAUGCUCUCGGGAGUAUAAGAAGCCUGGGGCAGGAGGGGUAGACACAAGCAGUAACUUGUCCUUUGUCUCUGAACUUCGAGGCCCCUGGUGGCUUGGCCUUUCGUACAGCUGCUCCCCGUUCUCUGCCUCUGGAGUGGAGAGUGGCUCCUGAGCACUGCAGCCCGGGCAGCUGGUACCGGGGACAGGGUUGGGGCGCUGCCCUGAGGAGGCAGAGGUCGGCCUUCCCUCCAGCGAGCCUCAGCAUCGGCCUCGGUGACCUGGUCCUGCCCGCUGAGGAAAGGGCCCGCCGUGGGCAGGGGCUACUGUGCUACUCAGUGUUGACCGACCCUGCCUCGGGGGGGGGGUUCCUGUUGGCUCUCGUGCGCCCACAGCGCUCCGUUCACACCUCUGUCGCAACACUCAGCACGCGCAGCGUGACUUACCUGUGCACGUGUCUGCCUCUCCCCUAGACCUGUGAGCUCCUUGAGAGCAGGGGCUGUACACUACCCAACUUUGUACCCCCAGGGCCUGGCACACCGCAGGCACUUAAUAAAUGUGUGUUGAAUGAAUGAAACUAGUGGAUGCACAAA